AUGUUUUGGACGCUGCAUCUGUUGUGGGCUCUGCUGCUCCACGCCACAGGUACCUUGGCUGAUGUUGUCCUCAACCAGAGUCCAAUUUCUGACCCAGUUUCUGUUGGUCAGACCGCCCAGUUGAAGUGUGUGCUGCAGAAAGGUAUUGUGGACAGUUACGACAUGCGUUGGUACAGACAGAGUGUCGGAGAAACCCCGCAGUUUGUGCUCCAGCACAAGGCGGAUGGCGCAAUACACAGAGGCACCGGCUUCACUGACCGUUUCCAACCUUCUCGAAACUCCUCCACUAACAGUUACAUCCUAACCAUCAGAAACGUGGUCUCUGAUGAUUUUGCCAUCUAUUACUGUGAAGUGUGGGGAUACAUCUUCGGAGGUGGAACUGCCCUGAAUGUUCGGAGUAGCGAUGAUCGGAAACCAUCUGUACUUCUGCUUCCACCUUCCCCAGAACAAAUAGACACGGGAUCAGCCACUCUGUCCUGUCUGGUGAGUCGCUUUAAGCCGGGCCUAGUGCAGGUCCUCUGGAGCGUGGAUGGGAAAGAGACAGACAGUGGGGUGACCACAAGCGCAGUGUCCCCAGACAGUGAUCAAAGCUACAGCCUGAGCAGUUACCUGACAGUCCCGGCCACUGAUUGGAAGAAAGGUUCCAGAUAUUCCUGCAGUGUGAGGCACGGAUCACUGACCUCGCCUCUCCUCAACACCAUCAGCUCCAGCGACUGCUCGCUCUGA